CUAUACAAGACGGGUAGUAUCACAAUAUUUACUAUUAUUUAUACUUUAGCCCAUUGGUUCUCAAUUAUUGUCACCAUGGAACUUGUAUUUUACAUUAUUUUAAAUGAAAAAAAAAAGUUUAAAAACAGCCUUUGAAAACACGUGUAAACAUGUUUUUAUGAUACAGAUUGCUAUUAUUGAAUUACACGUUACAAAAUAAUUUUCUCGGGUGGGGGGUGUCUGUAAUUCAUGAAUGGAAAUGUUUACUAACAUUUGCAGAUCGCUACAGCUGAGUUUUGCUCGCCAAACUUGGGUGUAAACACCCCCGGUCGCUAAUAAUAGUUACGUGAGAUGUGGGCAGAUUAAGAUUGAUAUGACAACACAUGAGGCUGAAAUCUGAUUGGACAAACAAAAAAAAGAAACGUCCUCAGGUGAACGCGCUUGCAAUGAUAAAUUUCCACGCUGGGUGUCGCCAUUUCUCCCUUGUGCUUUGUGAUGUCAGCGUCAACCUGCCUUAAAGGAAACACAGCGGACGGACAGACUCCCAGACAGACGUAAGACGCCGGAGUCCGACGACGACGCACCGGGAGGGAAAGAUGGAGCACGCGGCGGGGACGACGCGCGACGUGCUGUGAGAGGGCAGCGGCCGGGGAAGCGUCACAUCCCGCGGACGUCGUAGGUCUCCGUGAAGCCGCCAUGCCGGCGCCGAGGCGGGGAGAAGACAACCGGGGAUCGAGCGUCGCCAGCGGGCCGAGGCUCAGGGGGCGCCGUUGUGCCUGCUGAUGUCGACCAUUCUGACAAGAAACCGGUUUGACUGACAACCCGACCUGUCAAUCAGCAGUGUUUGUGCACGUUUGUUUGUACAUUGUUGUGCAUUGUUUUUGCGAGUGUGAUUGUGUGUGUGUGUGUACUUUUGAGUGCCUUUGUACAUGUUUGCGUGUGUGUGUGUGGACGUGUCGGUUGGCUGUGUUUGUACGUUUGUUUUGUUUUUUGUGCGCUUCCCCCGCCAAGCGCCGCGCUCAGGGGUCAGGCCGUCGCUCUGGACGAGAGCGUCACGGACCCGCUGGAGGAUUUAGGUUGCCGGGGGAUUUGAGCCGGCGCCUACGAUGACUCGGGUCCCGUUGCUGCUGACGCGCUGACCGUGGUCCGGGUGCCGCCAUGCUGAUCAAGGAGUACCGCAUCCCCAUGCCCAUGAGCGUGGACGAGUACCGCAUAGCUCAGCUCUACAUGAUUCAGAAAAAGAGCCGCGAGGAGAGCUGCGGCGAGGGCAGCGGCGUGGAGAUCCUGGAGAACAAGCCGUACCGGGACGGGCCCGGCGGCUCGGGCCAGUACACCCACAAAGUCUACCACAUCGGCAAGCACAUCCCGUCGUGGUUCUGCUCCAUCCUGCCGCAGGCCGCCCUGCGCGUGGAGGAGGAGUCGUGGAACGCUUACCCGUACACGCGCACCAGGUACACGUGCCCGUUCGUGGAGAAGUUCUCCAUUGACAUCGAGACGUACUACAUGCCGGACACCGGCGACCAGUCGGACGUCUUCAGCCUGUCCUCGGCUGAGAAGAGACAAAGGACAGUCGACCCCAUCGACAUCGUCAAGGACUACAUCGCCCCCCACGAGUACCUGGCGGAGGAAGACCCCCGACUGUACCGGUCGCUCAAGACCAGACGAGGCCCGCUGUCCGAGGACUGGAUCGAAGAGAUCGGCCGGACGCCCGGCGAACGCUCGGUCAUGUGCGCCUACAAGCUGUGCAAAGUGGAGUUCCGGUACUGGGGCAUGCAGUCCAAGAUCGAGCGCUUCAUCCACGACGUGGGCCUGCGCAAAGUGAUGGUCCGAGCCCACCGUCAGGCGUGGUGCUGGCAGGACGAGUGGUACGGCCUGACCAUGGAGGACAUCCGGCAGCUGGAGCUGGAGACCCAGCUGGCCCUCGCCAAGAAGAUGGCCCAGUACAGCCGCAGCGAGGAGGCCAUUUCCGAGACCAACGGCCACCCCGCCGCUCAGGACCGGGAUGGGGACGAGGAUCGACGGGACGUCGCCGGAUCCGGGUCUGCCCCGGAGGCCGAGGUCGGCGUGGCGACGCCGGGAUCGGUGCUGGACACCCGGGGGGAGCUGACCAAGCAGUGGUCCACGUCUUCCAGGUCCUCCAACAGGUCAUCCAAGAGAGGAGGAAGUCCCUCUCAUCACAGCCUGAGCGAGUGGAGGAUGCAGAGCAUCGCGCGAGAAUCCGACGACAGCACGGACGACGAGUUCUUUGACGCGCACGACGGUUUCUCCGACGGGGAGGAGGCUCCGCCCAAGGAGAUCACCAAGUGGAGCUCCAACGACCUGAUGGACAAAAUGGAAACCAUAGAAGCGGACGAGGUCCCAGAGUCGCUGUAUCCCGAGUCGGCCGGGGACUUUGCGCCCAUGGCCAACGAGGAGACGCACGCCGAGGCGUCCCGCCGGUGUCUUCAACCGUCCAAAAUCCACGUGCUGAUUCUGGUCCUGCACGGAGGAAACAUUCUGGACACGGGCUCAGGCGAGCAGAACAGCAAGCAAGGCGACGUCAACACGCUGAGCGGCGCCUUCGAGACGGUGAUGAGGGUUCACUACCCGGCGGCGCUGGGCCGCGUCGCCAUCCGCACCGUGCCGUGUCCCGCUGUCUGCGUGGAAGCCUUCUCGCUGGUCUCCAACCUGAGUCCGUACGGCUACGACGAGGGCUGCCUGUCCAGCAGUCAGGAUCACAUCCCGCUGGCCGCGCUGCCGCUCCUCGCCACGUCGGCGCCGCAGUACCAGGACGCGGUAGCCGCCGUCAUCCUCAGAGCCAAUCAGGUCUACGCGGACUUCAUCAGGUCCCUGGGAGGGGCGUCCUUCAACGGACAGGUGUGCGUGAUCGGGGACUGCGUGGGGGGCAUCUUGGCCUUUGAUGCUCUUUGCAGUACUUCUGUCCUGGUGUUGGAAAGCCCAAACAGCAGCAGGCGGGGCAGCGCCAUCAGCGUGCAGGACACGGAGCUGCUUUCUCCCGGCAUCGUCAUCAACAGCGCGUCGCCGCCGUCGCCGUCCCUGGAGGGAAGUCGACACCUGAGCCGGAGUAACAUCGACAUCCCCCGCUGCUCGGGGCCCGACGACCCCAAGAAGCAGCUGCCGCGCAAACGCAGCGACUCGUCCACCUACGAGCUCGACACCAUCAAGCACCACCAGGCCUUCUUGUCCAGCCUCCACUCCAGCGUGAUCCACGCGGAGUCGUGCUCGCGCCGCUCCAGCAACAGCACCAUGCUGGACGGAGGAUCGCUGGGCAAGUUUGACUUUGAGGUGACGGACUUCUUCCUGUUUGGAUCGCCUCUGGGCCUGGUGCUGGCGCUCAGGAAGACCGUGGUGCCCUCGUUGGACGUGACGGCUCUGCGUCCGGCGUGCCAGCAGGUCUACAACCUGUUCCACCCGGCGGACCCGUCGGCCUCCCGCCUGGAGCCUCUCCUGGACAAACGGUUCCACCUGCUGCCCCCCUUCGGCGUCCCCCGCUAUCAGCGCUUCCCCCUGGGGGACGGGCACUCUGCUCUCCUGGCGGAGGCGGUGCAGAGCAACCCUCAGCUCCUGAUGGACUCGGCGCUCCACCGGAGUCAAGAGAUGGGCGUGAACGAGACCUCCAUCCCCGUGCCCGUCCUCAACUGGCCGUCCUCCGCGGACGGCGGCGCUCACAUUUCGGUGGACGCCGCCUACCCGUCCGCGUCUCCCGGCGUCCCUCACAUCCGCUGCCACCGCCGGGCAAGCGAGGCCAGCCUGGCGAGCCAGGCGUCGGGCCUGGCCGACUCGUACGCCGCCUCCAACGUCGCCAACAUUGCGUCUCGCUGGUGGGGGAGUAAGCGGAUGGACUACGCCCUCUACUGUCCGGAUGCCCUGACGGCGUUCCCCACCGUGGCCCUGCCGCACCUGUUCCACGCCUCCUACUGGGAAUCCACAGACGUGGUGUCCUUCCUACUGAGACAGGUCAUGAGGCACGAGAACUCCGGAAUCCUGGAGCUGAAUGGCAAAGAAGUGUCGGAGUUCACGCCAUCGAAGCCCAGAGAAAAGUGGCUGCGCAAGCGGACUCAUGUCAAAAUUCGGAAUGUGACGGCCAACCACCGCGUCAACGACGCCGUGUUCACGGAGGACGGCGCCCAGACGGUAACCGGUCGCUUCAUGUACGGCCCGCUGGACAUGGUGACGCUUACGGGAGAGAAGAUCGACAUCCACAUCAUGACGCAGCCCCCCUCGGGCGAGUGGGUCUACUGCGACACGCAGCUGACCAACAGCAGCGGCCGCGUCUCGUACGCGCUUCCCGACUGCAAGCGGCUGGGAAUCGGGGUGUAUCCCGUCAAAAUGGUGGUCAGGGGCGACCACACGUUUGCCGACAGCUACCUCACCGUGGUCCCGCGCGGGACCGAGUUUGUGGUGUUCAGCAUCGACGGCUCGUUCGCCGCCAGCGUGUCCAUCAUGGGCAGCGACCCCAAAGUGCGAGCGGGAGCCGUGGACGUGGUCAGGUACUGGCAGGACCUGGGCUACCUGAUCGUGUACGUGACGGGCCGUCCGGACAUGCAGAAGCAGCGCGUGGUGGCGUGGCUCUCGCAGCACAACUUCCCGCACGGCGUGGUCUCCUUCUGCGACGGCCUGGUUCACGAUCCGCUCCGCCACAAAGCCAACUUCCUCAAGUGCCUCAUCACCGAGGCUCAGAUGAGGAUCUUCGCCGCCUACGGCUCCAGCAAGGACAUUUCGGUGUACGCCAACGUCGGCCUGCCGCCGUCGCACAUCUACAUCGUUGGGAGACCCACAAAGAAGAUGCAGCACCAGUGUCAGUUCAUUCCGGACGGCUACGCCUCGCACCUGUCCCAGCUGGAGUACAACCAGCGCUCCCGUCCCGCCAAGCCGGCCAGCGCUCGCAUGGUCCUGCGCAAGAGCAGCUUCGGGUUGGGCGCCGCCUCGGGGGACUUCCUGCGCAAGCGCAACCACAUCUUCCGCACCAUCUCCCCGCACCAGACCGGCGGCCCGCCGUCCGGCUCGCCCAAAACGCCGGGUCGGACGGAGCGAACGCAGAGCCAGUGCGAGGCGGAGCGCGGCGCGACGGCGGCCACGGCCCAGCGGAGCAUGAGCGUGGCGGCGGGAUGCUGGGGACGCGGCGGUAGCGCCAAGGAGGGCAACGCCGGGUUGCACGGCCCCAAAUGAGCCGAGCCGCCGCGGACUCAAGCCGACUGUGUAGCAUGACUCUUUUACACUAACACUUUUCUAUAGGACACAAACAAGGAAGGUUCCAAUCCAUUCAUAACGAGCCUUAAGCUAACGUCGCGUCCAUUUUAUAUCAAAGCAGUCCAACGUAACAGCUCAGGUUCAUUUCAUUUCAUUCAACCGACGUCGCCAUGGUAACCCACUCAUCAUUUCCAGCGGAAAGCCACGUGAGCAGUCGUUCCGCACGCUUGAUUAUCGGCCGUUCAUCUUGCGCCGAUAGCAAAACGGUUCCGCAGCUCAGUUGAUGCCUCGUUUUUCCUCAACGAGCAACGUGAAAUCUUAUUUCUUUUGGCCACCCCCACCGCGUGCGACUUCAUUACGGUCGCUCUUGCUACCAGAUGAAAAUUACGCAAUCAGGCCUGAUUUGCAACGAGGUGACUCAAUCCCGACCCCGACCCGCCCGAUUAUCGGAUAAACGCUCCAACUGCUUUCCAUACUUCAUCCGCAUCCGUCCCCCGACACGCAAAGUCCGUUUCUUGUUCACACGAGCCCUCCGGUUUCCUCGUACGAGGCCGUCACGUCGCGUUCACGGCGCCGAUCCCUUUAUAGACGGCUUAGCUUUGCAAUACCUCUCAUCGGCCCGCUGGUGGCGUUGUGGUCCCUCCUUUGUACUGCUGCUGCUGCUGCUGGAAGUUUCUACUUUUUGCUCCUUUUUUCCAAAUAUUUACCGCUUGAAUGUCCAACGUGUGUAAUUUUCCACCUCUUUUUUCCACGCGGAUUUUCGUGACAAGCUGGCACCGUGACGUUUACACUCCUCGCCAACGGGGGGCAGCGUAGCGGAAGCCGUAGCCAGACGGGAGACUUCCUCGUGCACCUCGCGUCGCUACGAUUGGUGGCUACCUGUUAGCUUUACUAUGAAGGUAAAAAGUAAGUCUCUUUCGGCUUGUCCCAUUAGGGGUUGCCACAGCGUGACAUCUCAGAUGAACGCUCAUUUUUGUUUGGCGCAGUUAAUAACUGCCAGAUACCCCGAUGCAACGCCUCUCGUGGGAUAUGAACUCACAACCCCUGGUUCGCUGAACCAAUGCGCUCACCACUGAGCCAUGGGGCCUCUCAGCUUUACUCGGAAGGUGAAAUGCGAAAAUCACGCCAGACUGAGCGGAACGAAGGUUACAGAAUGAUUAGCGUUAAGAUUCUAGCGCGUCGCUGAUAACUUUUCGAAGACUUUGUAAGACUCCACUUAGAGUUGACAUGCCUUGCUCAGUGCCGGCGUUUCGGUUAGCAACAGUGUCUUGUGCGGGCUAAUUGAUGUCCGCGUACGUACGACGCCGUUUACGGAACGAGCUAAGUCGUUUUUGCACAAGGAUACGAGUGACGUCCUCAUUUGUUGGUUUCGUACAUCGGAUAGAGACAGAAUUUGCAUCGUUUUACACAUUCAGAAUCAGACGUGAUGCCGAUAUAUGUUGACGUUUGGAACCAAAUGUAAAAAAAUAGCGACGCGGAAAGGCAGCUAGACUUCCACGUGAGAUGGUCUUUUAUAAAACUGUCAGACUCCACGCUGAAUUUACAGGCCUUGCUUAGCGCUGCUUCUUUGCUUAGCAACUGUGUAUUGAAAUUAUGUAAACUAAGAUACCGUAAUUCCCGGCCUUCGGAGCGCACCUGGUUACAAGCCUCACCGAGUACAUAUGUAAAGGAAAUACCAUUUGGUACAUACGUACGCCCCAGCCGUGUACAAGCCGCAAGUGCCCACAUUGAAACAAGAUAUUUACACAGAGCUAGCGUUAGCGUGGAGCUAUCCCUGUUAGCACUGCACUAGCAUGUUACAGCCCUGUCUCAGUGAUUUUUACCAGUAUGUGUUUUUUUUUUAACGUGUUGGUCGGUCCUAGUGUUACCGUUAGCGCAGUGCUAGCGAUAAUGUGGUGCUAGCAUUAAACAGAGAGUCAAACUCUUUAGUUUAACGCUAGCACUGCGCUAACAGGUUAAAAAAAAAAACAUACUGGUAAGAUUCACAGAGACAGGGCAGUAACACGCUAGCGCAGCGCUAACAGGGCCAGACCGGUAAAAGUCACUUCCUCGGCACAUAUAUUCAGUCUCCCACUUACCUUUCCCGCACGAGUGCCCCCUAGCGGCCGUUAGAAAAAAAUGCACAAAUUAGCUACAUCACCGCAUACACCGCAGGGUUGAAAGCGUUUGGAAAAAAGUUGCGAUUUAUAGGCCGGAAAUUACGGUAAUCAAGUCACGCGGAAACAUUUAUGACUUAGUAUUUCACAGAUUUUUCUCGCAAGGAUAUUACAGUGGCGACUUAUCCUUUGACGACGGCACAAGAAGGCCAGAUUGGCGGCUUUGUACGUCUACUUUAGCCUUCUUGUAGCAUCACACAUUACAUUAUAACCUGUGUCGCGAUGCUAGGUUGCUAUGUUAGCAUUACACUGUGGAGUUUAAAAAAACGAAAUGGAAAAAAAAAAAAAUUAAGCGGUAAUGAUAAAGAAUCACGGAAGUCCAGAUGUAACAAAUAAGUAGCGGGACAUUAGCAUGACUUCGUGUUUUAGUUAGCGCGAGCAUAUAUUGAAAUACGUCUUCGCGCUAGGAUAGUAACUUGCGAAAAUGGCACAAGAUCAGCAUUUCUCAGCGUAGUACGACGACACUGAAGACUGUAAGAUUUAACGAGUUUACAUGCCUUGCUCGGUUCCGGCAUUUUGGUUAGCAUAAGUGUCUACGCGGGUUCCCUCCCCCCGAUGUCUGCGUAGGGACCGCAGCGUCUUGAAGCCGGGCCGCACAACCAUGAAAGUUUCACCUCAGAAAACUGCUAAAACGGCGUAUUUAACAAAUUUUCCUCGCACCAGGACGGCAACGGUAGCUUUGUUUUGCGACGUCGGAUUUAAGACGGCGCUCCCGCGGCGUCGUUAGCCUCUCGGCUCGGGUCCGAGCGGGAACGUGGUAUUUACAAGCGGACCUGGUGCUAGCUUGUGACGAAAUGUUCCUUAUUAAAAGGCCUUAAAAAGAAGAAGAAAAAAAAAAUGGACGCUCUCGCUAACACUUCGGAGCAAAAGCCAAAUGAUCCUUCCAGACUGUAGUUAAUCAACUGCGUAACCUCACUCGUCGGGAAAAAAAUAUAUAUAUUUGAACUAUGUAGUGCAUGUACUUAUUUAUCGGUUUCAUUCAUUUCAGGGGUUUGGAAAAAAAAAAAAUGUAAAUGUGCCAAAUAGUGGACAGUACAUAUUGUUUUAUUAAGAGGGACGCGAGCGCUAUUGUACGGUGUUACUCGGCACUGGAAGGGAAGAAAAAAAAAAAAAAAAAAGUGACUUAUGCUGCAACGAAAGGUGGCGCCGUUGCGCUCGAAAGAACUCGAAUGUCUCACGCGGUGUACAUAAUGUAAAGAUGUAUCAUGUGAAUGAUGAUGUAGGAAUGACCGAAAUGAUCGUCGGUUGUCAACCCGCGCCAUCCGCGCAUUUCAGGUCACGCAUAUAUAUUUGAAAUAUGUAGCAUCCCGUUGUCAGUCUUUUGGCGUCACAUGCUAAUAAAUCAAGGGUGGGAAAAUCUUUUGUGAUCGAGGGCCGCGUUUUGAUUUUGAAAACGGAAAAAAAAAAGAAGUGUCAACUAUGUGAAAUUAUUGAAUUCAUUCGCCGGCAGCCUUCCCAGUUAACAAUUGACUUCUAAUGCCGUCAAUGGCAGUCUGCGGGAUUUAAACAUUCAUUUAUUAACAUUUUCAUUUACUUUGAAAACAUUUCAACAAUGUCGUGACGGCUCUUUUAAAUAUCUCCCGUCAGUGACCAAAAAUUACACAUUCCCUCUCCAAAAAAUGCCGUAUAAUAUAUUAAUACCAAUAUAUUCUGUUGUUUUAAACAAGUCAGUCUUUUAAAGUGACCUUGUCAUCUAAUUCAUAUUAUUAUUAUUAUUAUUUCGGGGUAUUUGACUCUUUUAAAAGCCAACAUGUUGACAUAACUCCCUAAAAUAAAUUCCUUCCAUCAUAUUUCAAAGACUCAUCAUUAAUUUUUGCUCGUUUUUUUGAUCGCCAGCAACAUUUUCAGUUAAUUGUUAAAAUAAUAAUAGUACAUUCCUAUUGGAAAAUAUGGAAAAUGCAAUUUCUCAUCCCCCGUUAUUUGUAGCAGAAAUUAAUCACAUUACCAUGAUGUAAAGACAAACUUUUGGAAUACUGUAUAUCAAUUUUUGUCCAGCUAAUUCCGAUAUGAUUUAACCAUCAUUGAAACCAUGCGGCAAAAUUUCUCUUUUACGCUUUCAACAAUUGAAAUUCUAAUAUUUGUUCCAUGAAAUAGUGUUUACUUAUUCCCAAAAGUGUAUUCUUUUUAUCCGUUAGCAUUUCUCUUAGCUGCAGUGCUUCCAAUAUGUAAAUACAUAUGUUGGAUUUUUCGUCCAAUCAGAUUUCAGCAUUUACGUGUUGCCAUGUCAAUCUUAACUCCCCUGAGACUUUAGAAUCGGAAAUGUAAAAACUGAACGAUAUUAUCAAUGGUGCGAAUAGAAGAUAAACUCACCCGAACAUCAUCUAUCCAUCCAUUUUCUUUGCCGCUUAUCCUCACGAGGAGUGCUGGAGCCUAUCCCAGCUGUCAUCGGGCAGGAGGCGGGGCACACGCUGAACUGGUUGUUAGCCAAUUGCAGGGCACAUUGAGACAAACAACCAAUCACACCUCGGGGCAAUUUACAGUGCCCAAUUGAUGUUGCAUGUUUUUUUGGGAGGAAACCGGAGUGCCCACCCGGAGAAAAGCCACGCAGGCACGGGGCACAACAUGCAAACCCCACACAGGUGGGGGCCGGGAUCGAACCCGGGUCCUCGGAAAUGUGAGGCCAACGCUUUACCGGCUGCUCACCGUGCCCCUCCGAACAUAAUCACUAACUAAAAUAAAAAUAU